AUGGGUGUUAAAACUGUUUUCCACUUAUUCGCCGCUCUACAUUUCUGGUUGGGAUGCUAUUACGACUGGAAUUAUGUUAAAGUGCCCAGGGAUGUUCACAAUAUGGGAGAGUCUUUUGGAUUUAGCGGCAAAUUAAAAUUUUUGACAUUUUGGGAUGCAUUGCUGCAAGGACUCUUUUUCACCAUAUGUCUUUUAAACGAUUUGAUUGGUACAAAUGAUGUUGCUCCUAAGAAAACUCCAAUAAUAAGAAAAAUUAAGGACUUCCUGCUGCCGUGCCUGGCUCUGCCUGUAGCCCUCUUCGUGGCUAUCACAUUUUGGGGGCUCUACUUUAUCGACCGCGAGCUGGUGUUUCCCCGGGCGCUCGACGCGUUCUUCCCCACCUGGUUAAACCACGUGAUGCACACCAACAUCGUCCUCUUCGCCGCGAUCGAACUGGCAACGUCGUUCCGGAGGUACCCGAGCAGGAAGCUCGGCAUCACUGUGGUGGCCACGUGGUGCCUCACGUACUUGUUGUGGGUGCACGUCAUUAACUACCACACAGGCUUAUGGGUGUAUCCGAUUUUGGAGGUACUACCGUGGUUCGGCAGAAUUAUUUUUUAUGUUGGGUCAUUGGUUUUGCAGAUAAGUUUGUAUUUGGCCGGUGAAAAGUUGAAUAAUGUCAUUUGGAGGAAGCAACUUGCACAAAAACAAAGAAAAUCAAAAUAAUUCUUAAAUUUUUGUAGAAAGUGUCCUUCCUUGUACAAUAGACAAAACAUAGAUGUCUCUAUAUGAACUACUGUUAGUAGCACACGCCGCUAGAUGGCAGCAAUAAAGUAAAUAAAAGUAGUUCAUAUGCCUAUGUAUCUCUAUAUAAGGUAAUUUUUUGUUAUUUAUUUUUAUAGCCUACCAAAAUUAUUAAACCAAAAUUGUUUAAAUAAAUUAAAC